AUGUAUAAAAUACCGUUAAGAAAAUCAAAUGACUUGAAAUGUUUUAAUCUGAUGGAUAUUCAAGGGUCUCUAGAAACACGUCCCGAGAAGGAUAAACCUCUUGAUUCUAUUACUCUUGGAUCAUUAACAUGGAAUUCAUCUCAACCAAAUAGUGAUAGAUGUACACUGGUCAUUGAAAGACAAAAGUGUGAAGGUAAAAAACUAUCAAUGAAGAAACCACUUUUAAUUUGCAAGAAGGUCAUCAAUCCACAAACAAAUCAAACCGAAUACAUGAUUGUUGGAAUUGCUAAAGAUAAGAUUCAAUUCAGAACAAGACCAACUCCACUCUCACCUCAACAACAAAAAUCAAAACAAAUUGAAACCAUUUCCGAAUCAUCAAAUAAUAAUACCACAACAACAACAACAUCACAAAAAUCGUCAUCAAUGGAGAGUGUUGCAAGAACUCUCUUCUUCCCUUCUGCAAAAAAACAAUAA